AUGCCGAAAUUGAAUGAUAUCCGAACCGCCUUCAAAGGUAUCUGGCUUAGUGGAGCGUUUGAGAUCCGGUGGUUAGACUAUAAACAUGUUUUGAUUCAUCUUACUAAUGAACAUGAUCUUAACCAAUUAUGGCUGAGACAGAAUUGGUUCAUUGCUAAUCAAAAGAUGAGAGUGUUCAAAUGGUCCCUGGAUUUUCAAUCCGAAAAGGAGUUGUCAUUUGUCCCAGUUUGGAUCUCGUUUCCUGGACUGCGGGCUCACUUGUUUGAAAAAUCUACGCUGUUAAUGAUUGCCAAGACAGUGGGUCGACCUUUUUUUGUGGUUGAAGCCACUGCCAAUGGAUUGUGGCCUAGUGUUGCCAGAGUUUGUGUCGAGUAUGACUGUCAAAAGCCACCUUUGGAUCAGGUGUGGAUAGUGACCCGAGAUAGACGGACCGGCUACAUAACUGGUGGAUUUACGCAGAAAGUGGAAUUUUCUAAGCUUCCACCGUAUUGUACUCACUGUUGUCAUGUGGGACAUGAGAUUUCAGCAUGUAUGGUUUUGGGCAAUAAGCCACAAUCUACAGGCACUUUACGGCAGAAGUCCUCAUUGGAAAGCAAUGCUACUAUGAGUAAAACUCAACGGAUUGAGAAAGAAGAGAUAAAAGUUAGCAACCCUGACGAAAAGAAGGAUAAAGACCCCCUUCAUCCCGAGCAGGAGAAUGAUGUCGGGAAACAGCAACGAGAAGGAGAGGGUUAUGUUUCAGUGAAUGCUG